AUGUCUAAACCAAAUGUAUCGAUAUCAACUGAACAGCUACUUCCAGUGUAAGUUUUCUAGCGCUAAAUUUUCGCGUAAUUUUUUCCACGUGUAAUUUUUCAGAAUAGCCAACAGUAUAAAUGGUCAAUUCUCUUCUCUGCCAAUCGCAAUCAAUUCACAAUCAAUAGUCUACAAAAUCUAUUCUCAAUUAUAUCGACGAUAUGUCGCCAUUAAAAUCAUUAAUAAAAAAGCGAUACAUCAGGCGAUUGCCGAGAAAUUUCUACCACGGGAACUUGAGAUAACUUUAAAAGUAAGACAUCCGCAUAUUUCUCGAUGUUUAGCGAUCACUCAACCGAUUCCGUCCAAAAUUGUGAUUAUUUCGGAUUUUUAUGAGCGAGGAACUUUGUUGGAUUUGAUUUUGAAGGAAAAAAGGAUAAGAGGUGAGAAUAUGAACAAAAUUCUUGAAAACACAUGGAAUUGUCCACGUGGAACUUUUUGUAGAAAAACAAACUGGGAUUACGUGGCACAGAAAUUUCUACGUGUUUCCGAAUGCUCAUGCAAUUUUCCAACCAAACUUCCAAAAAAAAGUCCAAAAAAUGUUUUCAGAACUCCCAACAGCCAUAACAUAUUUUCGACAAAUAAUCGAAGCCGUCAACUAUCUUCAUCAACGUGGAAUUGCACAUCGUGAUCUAAAACUCGAAAAUAUUCUACUCGACGGAAAUGGUGAUAUAAAACUAAUUGAUUUCGGUUUUGCGCGAAGUGUUCAGCAACGCGAAAGAACUCGAAGUUUUUGUGGAACUCAACCAUAUUCAUCACCACAAAUCAGUCUUUCGAAACCUUAUUUGCCUUUUUGUGCCGAUUUUUAUGCUUGUGGCAUUAUUUUGUAUACAAUGAUUAUUGGAAAAUGGCCAGAGAAAAGUGGAUUUUCGGAUUUUGCUGAUGGUUUGCCAAGUGCACAAUGUAGAAGACUGAUUAUUGCACUUUUAGAUGAGGUGAUUCUCAAAUUUAUCAUUGGAGCGCAUUUUCCACACCGAACUCAAAUUUAAUUUCAGGACGAAAUGAGCCGCGCAGACUAUGAUUAUUGUGUUAAUUCCGAAUGGAUGGGAAAUUAUCAGAAAAAUUGGAUUUUCGCCAACCACGCCUAUUUUUAUGAGAAAAUUCCGUUUCCUGAUGAAAAUCGAAUGGAAUUUUUGCCGUGA